CACAGGGACUCGCUCACUGAGAGAGAAGAAAGAGACAGUAGUCUUCUGUGUGUGUCUCUUGUGUAUGCAAAGCAAGUGUAAACUUAAAGCCCCAUUUCUACUCUCUCUCUCUCUCUCUACACCAACCCCAUCAAUAUUUUUGUUUCGCUGCAAAAUGAGAAGGGAGUUUUCUGCUGAAUGAGCUUGUUAUGUGAAUCUCAGUUUAAUUAGUGGUGCCAAAAUGAACGGGAAUGGACAAAUGGAUGUGCAUUACAUAGACACCGACUUUCCUUACACGCCUACUGAAAGCUUCAUGGACUUCUUUGGAGGUGUUACCCAUGUACCGAUGGACUAUGGCCACACCAUGACGAUGCAUGAUCAGGAAACUGCAUACUGGUCAAUGAAUAUGCAUUCAUACAAAUUUGGACCCUCUGGUCAGGGGAGUAAUUCUUAUUACGGUAAUUAUUAUGAGGUAAAUGAUCAUUUGCCCAGAAUGGAUGUCAGCAGGAGGACUUGGGAACACCCUUCAGUGAUGAAUUCAGAAGAGCCUGCAAACAUUGAUUCACAUCCAGAAGAAGAAGAUGCAGUCGCAGAAGCUGUACCUGAAGAAUGCAUUCAGAAUCAGCAAAAUACAAAUACUUCUCAGGUCGUAUGGCAAGAGGAUAUUGAUACUGAUAACAUGACCUAUGAGGAAUUACUUGACUUGGGUGAGGCAGUUGGCAUUCAAAGCCGAGGUCUUUCUGACGAACUUAUUAGUUUGCUUCCAACGUCAAAAUACAAGUGUGGAAGCUUCUUCUCAAGAAAGAAAUCUGGAGAGAGGUGUGUGAUUUGCCAGAUGAGGUAUAAAAGAGGAGAUCGACAAAUCAACUUGCCAUGCAAACAUGUUUACCAUAGUGAAUGCAUCAGCAAAUGGCUCGGUAUCAACAAGGUAUGCCCAGUUUGCAACCUCGAGGUUUCCGAUGAGGAAUCAAGGCGUUAAAGCAUCAAUUGGAAAGAAAAGAUUAGGCAAAACCAGUGCUCAUUUUCAAGUUGAAAAUUUAUUUUCCUUAGAAUUCGUUUUUUUUCCCUUCUUAUACAUAGACUAGUUGAAGACUACGGGUUUUUCUUGUUCUGUCUUUUAACACGUUCUACUGAAGUAGUAAAGAGAACAAACAAGCCAUAUAAUUCAACGUCCUACAAGUGAAUAUGAGAUUCA